AUGGUUUCGUUUCGCUUCCCUUUCUCGUUUUCUCAGCCCUUAAAUCCCAAACCACCGCAUGCCACGUCAUCCUCCGGAUUCGCCGUCGCAGUCACCGUCACCGCAGCAGCAGCCGCGGGAGUUGCGAUCGCGGCGUCGCGGAAUCCCAGAAAUCCGAUUCUGGAUUGGGUCUUCUCCACUCAUCGUUCUUCUCUGUUAUGGGGAUCUAUAACUCUAGCCGACUCUAGCUCCGAAUCCGUUGUCGAACCUAAGACCGGACUCUCGUUUCCCGCUACAAUCGGAGAUUCCCGGCGAUUACUCGGCGUCGGGCUGAGGAAGAAGAGCUUACUGGGAUUGAAGAACAUCGACAUUUACGCUUUCGGCAUGUAUGCUGAUUGUGACGAUGUGAAGAAACUUGUGGGUGAGAAAUACGCAAAUCUUCCAGCUUCGGAGCUCAGGGAAAACAAGGCAUUCGUGGAUGAUCUCAUGGAAGCCGAUAUAAAGAUGACUAUAAGGCUGCAGAUUGUGUACAGCAAACUCAACAUCCGAUCCGUGCGCAAUGCUUUCCAAGAAUCUGUCGGAAACAGGCUCAAGAAGUUCGGUGGCUUAGAGAACGAUGAGUUGCUUCAAAGCUUCACUAGCCUGUUCAAAGAUGAGUUCAAAAUUCCAAGAAGUUCCAUCAUUGAUCUGACACAAGAACCAGGCUAUGUACUCAGCGUAGCAAUUGAGGGAAACCACGUCGGGAGUGUGAAGAGCAAACUCUUGUGUAGGUCAAUCUUAGACUUGUACAUUGGUGAAGAACCGUUUGAUAAGAAUGCAAGAGAAGAUUUUCUAGACAAUGUGGCUUCUCUUGCCGACGUGUAG